CAUCUCUACAUCAAUAUCUUAAUGUUUUAAUGUUCAGGUGGUUCCAUCAGUAAAACUCAAGCCCCGGUCUCUAUGUACCCAGGGUUACAACUUGCACACGUGUACGGCUUUGUUCCAAGUGCAUCUCGAGUGUAAGGCUUGACUCGGAAACACUACGAACUUCAAGUUCUUUUCUUGCGCCAGUUAUGCGUAAGGAAUGUUCUGCAUCGUAUUCUCCUGUCGACGAUCGUGAUGACACGAAACUCCUUGAUAGCAAUACAGAAACAAGGCCUCUUUCAAAAUUCCGCCUUCUCAACUUGUCGCCAUGGCUAAGUCAUGGUGUGCUGAUGUUCAUAACAAUGAUAUUCUUCGUGCUAUGGGUACGGGCGCCUUCGAUUGAUGACGUAGUUCUGUACUCUCCAGUAAACGAAGCCAUUGAAUCCAUCGGUAUUAUACGACUCAAUGGAACUCUGGGCACUCCUUCUAUAUAUCGUGGCACUCCAUCUCCAGAAGUCGACGCUGUUUGGGAUAAGAUAGCUCUUGAUGGUUGCGCCCUAUGCUUGACUUGCAUCAUGGAUAUUUACUGACUAUAUGAUAUUUCCCAGCGCGCCCAAUCGGUAUGACACUUGAGCAACUGCUCAGAACGGGGGCGAAACCUUCUCCUUCCAUGACUAGGUAUCCGGAUGAAUACGGUGGAGAUUAUAUGGCAACUGUAGAAGUCAUUCACCAGUCCCUGUAGGACAUGCUUCGCAGAGUCAGCUGGGGUGAUCAUUCCUCGGGACAUGGCGCCCACGAAUCCCCCGGAGACUUCCGCAUUCAUCUCGGU